AAUAAGGUUUGCCUUGGAUAAACCAUGUCUCUCUCUCUACAUUAACACAAGAAUUGCCUUUUCUUCUAUCAGAUAUUAACUUUGGGUUUCGUUCGAUCCGAUUAGAAAUCUCGAUAAUGGGGAGAGGAAGGAUUAAGAUGAAGUUGAAGGGGAGGCGACGAGAUUUGACGAAGAAGAAGAAGGUGAGAGAGCUCUGCGAUUAUUGCGGAUUCUCCAGCAGCACCAUUAGGUAUGAUGAACAAAGGCCACACGAACGAGAUCACGAAGCAGUGUCUAUGGAGAACGAACUCAAGAGAUUACGGCUUUUGACCAGGAGAAUGACUUGUAAGGAUCUCGACGGUCUGACUUUCCCCGAGCUUCUAUUACUUGAAAGCCAUUUAAAGACUGCCUUGCUCAUUGUGAAGGACCGAAGGAAGAAGAUAAAGCUGCUUAAAGAUGAUGAAUGGAUGCUUAUACGGAGGAAGGGCGAUGAUCGUGUGGGGAUAGAGGUUACUGUUCCCUGCAAAUUCUCUACCAGCAGCACGGGGGAGAGACAAGAUGAUGAAGCACCAGCACCGCCGCGGCUGUCGAAACUUCAGCGAGAAUUCGAGAGACGAAAUGCUGAAACCAUGAUGAUUGAAUACGAGAGAUUAUGGCUGUUGAAGGAGAGAAUGAACGGUAGACAGCUUGACGGUAUGAAUCAGGGCGAGCUGGGCUUACUUGAACUUAAGAUAGUAAAUGGAUUGCAGGAUUUGCUGGAGCAUAUGUAUGCACCAACAAGGGAACAAAUCGCUAAGAAGCGCAGAUCUCUGUUAAGAGAUGUUCAGGGAGCUGAGCGCGAUGGAUGAUCAUCAUGUUCCAUCACCAAGGGUUUCACGAAAGCUCAGAAGGCCACACCGGCGAUCAAACCUGUCUGCUAGACUCUAAGUGACUUCUGGUUUCUCUAUUUCUAUUUGAGUUUAUCGUCAGUCCUGACUUCCUCAUGUCGAGUCUCUCUCAUUUGAAUUUAACAUGUCUUUUAAAAAAAAAAAAAUGUCUUUUAAGUAAAUUUAUUAAUCUAUUAUAGUCGUGGCAUGUUACAGAGUA